GUGGAGUUUCCGCUGCGUGGACAUUUCAAAAUGCUGGAACAUUUCAAGGUGCGUGCUGUACCCCACUACUGAAUUCCGCGUCACGUGCUGCGACCGUCGAUGUACCAGAUCAGCCACAACGGAAUGAGCUCAUCUUUCCGGCAGUGAACUAUUCGCCCCCGUCUUCCUGCUCUGCGUCUACCCGAUUUCUUGCAUUUAUUUCUUCAAAAAAGAACAACACCAAACCCCAAGAAACAGACAAUCCAGAAUGGAGAAAUUAGUUGUGGCUUACAUUCCCGAGCACUUUUCCACGCCGAUGUUUCUCGCAGACGAGAAGGGGUACUAUCGUGAAGAAGGCUUAGAAAUCGAGUUUUUCCCGGUCAUCGAAGGCUCGGGAAGACUCAUCAAGUUGUUGAAUGACAGAACUGUGGAUGUGGCUGUCGGCUUGACCGAGGCUUUUGUGGCCGACAUCUCGAAGGGCAAUAAACUGUACAGCAUAGUAGGCACGUACGUGGAAAGUCCGCUCUGCUGGGCCAUUUCCACCGGAAAGAACAGGGAUGACAUACAAAGUGCGGCCGACUUGGCCGGCAGCCGGAUUGGCGUGUCUAGAAUUGGGUCUGGCUCCUAUGUGAUGUCGUUUGUUUUGGGCUUACAGAACAACUUUGCUGCGCCCUAUUUCAGUGACUUCAAAGUCGUACACAACUUCCAGAACUUGCGGGACUCGGUGAACUUGAAGUACAGAAGCGAUUCCGGCGAGCAGGUCGACUCCGAGGCAUUCAUGUGGGAGCAUUUCACCUCCAAGAAAUACUACGACUCCGGGGAAAUCAAGAGAAUUGGCGAGAUCUACACCCCGUGGCCGUCGUGGGUUUUCACUGCCAACCAACGCGUCUUUGAGACGAGAAAAAGCAACUUGUCUGGAUUCUUGAGAGCCGUGAAGAAAGGUGUGGCUUAUUUCUUGCAGAACCCCGAGGAGGCCGUCGACCAUAUCUCUACCCACUUGAACUACUCCGUAGAUGAUGCCCGCGAGUGGCUCACGACUGUCAAAUUCAACGAGGAGAUUGGUGUGAAGCCAAUUGAUUGGCACACCGUGGUGGAGAACACGGCAGAGGUUUUGAAAACGGCGGGCGUGAUUCCAAAAGACGAUAUCGUUGGGGAAAGAUUGAAGAUGCAAGUGGUGUCUUUGGUCGAGUGAUGCGGUGCUACCAUUUAGCCAACCAAAAAAAUGAACGUGAUCUACAAUUACGCCCUCUUGUAACUGCCGCAUUCGUAUUUUGCUGGCCUUGGUCGGCCAGACUAUAAGAUCAUAGAACCUCAUAAAAAUUCGCGAGAACUACUUUUGGGACAGCCAUCCCCUGUGAGAUGAUUUCGUGUGAGGUUGUUCUCUAUUUCUUUUGAUUUUCUCCUUUUUUUUUCUUGUAUUGUAGCUUUUUCAGGGACUGUCGUUGCUAGUGCUGUGUUGGAUAUUGCGGCAAGUAUGGACUGCGUCGAGGUAACCGAGAAAAUUU